UCAUCGACGCCGGACCAACACCGUUGACAUUGCCGAGAAGGAGGAGGAAGACUUGACCAAACCCCGCUAGCCUUACCUGGAGGGAGCCGCUUCUCAGCCGCGACACCGGGACCGGAGAGCCAUGUACCGGCAGCCGCUGCAGGCCGCCAUCCGGACCGCGUCCAGGGCCGCGUCCAGGGCCGCGCGCGGAGCCGCGCACGGAGCCGCGCACGGGAAGGCGGCGCUUCAGGAAGCCGGUUCGUCUGGAGCGGCUCAACACCUGAAGAGACAAGGAGCCCCAUGUCAGAGGCUACACACCACCACACAGCUCUGCAACGUGAAGGAGACGCGGCAGAACACGGAGGAGGAGGUCGGGGUCCUCACCAAACUCAUCGAGGCCAUGGGCUUCACCGGGCCGCUGAAAUACAACAAAUGGAAAAUAAAGAUCGCUGCCUUGCGCAUGUACACGUGCUGCGUGGAGAGAAUCAACUACGACGACUUCUUUGAGAAAUGCUCCCUCCCAGACACACUCAACUCCUGGUUCCUGGUGGCACAGCUGCACGUGUGGAUGUGUUUGGUGCGGAUGCGGCAGGAGGGCAGAGAAGGGAAGUACAUGUGCCAGUUCAUGGUCCACUCCAUGUGGGAGGACGUGGAGCAGAGGAGCAAGAUCAUGGGGAUCGACGCCAUCCAAAGGAAGGAAGGCAUGAGAGCCAUGACGGAGAUGUUCUACGCGGCCCUGUUUGGAUACGACGAGGGGAUCCUGUCCGACGACAGCGUGCUGGCUGCAGCUCUGUGGAGGAACCUGUUCAACUCCGAGUGUGAGGACCCCGAACAGCUGGAGCUCAUGGUGGGAUACGUACGCAAGCAGAUGCAGUACGUGGACUCUCUGGACGGAGACGACCUGAUUCUGACCGGAGAGGUGAAGUGGCGCCCUCUGGUGGAGCAGAACGCUCAGAGCAUCCUGAAGGUGGCCACGCCCACCUACAACGACACCGGGCUGUGAGGCCAAGACGGCCUCUUCCUCUUCCUCUUCCUCUUCCUCGUGGUGUCGUCUUCACCCGCUCACCCCCCCCCCUCCUGUCAUAAAAGGAAAGAUUUUAAAUGUGUAGCAUUUCCUUUCUCUUCCUCUUCUGUCUCUGCACGCUCAGUAUAGUCAGGGAUACACACACACACACACACACACACACACACACACACACACACACACACACACACACACACACACAGCGAACCAGCCAAUGCUUCGUCUUCAUCCUCCUCGUCUUCCAUGUCUGAGGGUUUUCUUCCCUCGCUCCGUGGAGAGAACAAGAAACUCUUAUUUAUGUUUGUUUCCUAUGAACGCUGCGCUGUAUUUAUAAAGUAUUUUGUAUUCCUCCAUGUUUACCCCCCCCCCCCCCCCCCCCCCC